CUGCUUUCAUUGAGACUUUGUUUGACAAGUUGGUCUCCUCUGAACUGCUCCAGUUUGCCCGUCAAGAGCAAGUCCUUGCUGCUAUCAAGAAGUGGGAGAAUAUAUUGCUGAAAAUUCAUGCAGUGCUGGAUGAUGCGGAGGAGAAGCAGCUGACAAGCCGGCGGGUGAAGAUGCGGCUCGACGACCUCAGAGACUUGGCUUACGAUGUGGAGGACAUCCUGGACGACUUCGCCACUGAAGCUUUGGGGCGCAAGUUGAAGGCGGAAACUCAACCUAGCACAAGUAAAGUACGGAGACUCAUCCCUUCUUGUUGUACUAGUUUCACUCCAAGUGCUGUUAAGUUCAAUGUGAAGAUGAGGUCCAAGAUAGAGGACAUCACUUCCAGAUUGCAAGAUAUUUCUGCACAGAAAAAUGAUCUCCAUUUAGCAGAGGAUAUAGCUGCAGGGAGGUCUACCACAACAAGAGAAAUACUACCCACCACUUGUUUGGUAGAUGAAUCGCGUGUUUGUGGUAGGGAAACCGAUAAAGCAGCCAUACUCGACUUGUUGCUCCACGAUCAUGAGCCAAGUGAUGACGCAGUCCGUGUCAUUCCCAUAAUUGGCAUGGGAGGCGUGGGCAAAACUACUCUUGCUCAGCUUGCCUACAACGAUGACAAAGUGGAGAGUCAUUUUGAUCUAAGAGUUUGGGUUUGUGUCUCUGAUGAUUUUGAUGUCUUGAGGGUAACAAAGACAAUUGUUCAGUCUGUUGCUUCUGAUAUGUCCGAUUUCAACGAUCUCAACCUGCUUCAAGUCAAACUGAAAGAGAAACUCUCUGGAACAAAGUUUCUUCUUGUUUUAGACGAUGUUUGGAAUCAGAAUUGUGAUAAAUGGGAUACUUUGUACGCUCCAAUGAGGACUGGAGCACAAGGCAGCAGGGUUAUUGUCACCACUCGUAAUCGAGGGGUUGUAUCAGCCAUCGGAGCCAGCUCAGCCUAUCCCCUCAAGGAGUUAUCCAAUGAUGAGUGUUUGUCUUUGUUUGCCCAGCAAGCAUUAGGUACAAGAAACUUCCAUAAUCAUCCACACCUGAGAGUUGUUGGUGAAGAAAUAGUGAAAAGUUGCAAAGGGCUACCUUUGGCUGCAAAGGCCUUGGGAGGAAUGUUGCGCACAAAACUGAAUCAUGAUGCGUGGGAGGAUAUACUGAAAAGCAAGAUAUGGGACUUACCAGAAGAGAAUAACACUAUUCUGCCAGCUCUCAAAUUGAGUUAUCAUCAUCUUCCUUCACAUUUGAAGCGCUGCUUUGCUUAUUGCUCUAUAUUUCCAAAGGACUACGUGUUCGACGUGGAUGAAUUAGUCUUGCUGUGGAUGGGAGAGGGAUUCUUGCACCAAGUAAAACGACAGAAGCAAAUGGAGGAGAUAGGCACCGAAUUCUUACAUGAAUUAUUUGCAAGGUCAUUUUUCCAACAAUCAAAUCAUAGUUCAUCACGAUUGGUGAUGCAUGAUCUUAUUCAUGAUCUUGCUCAAUUCGUUGCUGGAGGUGUAUGUUUUAAUUUGGAGGAAAAAAUUGAAAAUAAUCAGCAACGUACUAUUUCUGAAAGAGCUCGUCAUUCAUCUUUUGUUCAUCAAAGCUAUGCGGUUGCUGGAAAAUUUGAAGCUUUUGGUAAGGCGAAGAAUCUCCGAACAUUAGUAGCAUUACCAAUAAAUAUUCAAUUUUCUUGGGAGAGGAGCUAUAUAUCUAUGAAAGUGUUACAUGGCCUUCUAAUGGGAAUGAGAUGCUUACGAGUACUAUCUUUGGCGGGCUAUUAUAUAAGUGAGCUACCGGAUUCAUUUGGUGAGCUAAAACACCUACGAUAUCUUAAUUUUUCUAAUUGUUCAAUAAAAAGGCUGCCAGAUUCGAUGGGUUGUUUUUAUAAUUUGCAAACAUUGAUAUUAUGUGAUUGUGGUGAACUUACUCGAUUGCCUAUGGGGAUUGGAAUGCUAAUAAACCUUCGACAUUUUGUUAUCACUGGUGCAAGUAAACUAAAAGAAAUACCUUUCCAAAUAGGCAACCUUACAAAUUUGCAAAUAUUGCCAAGGUUUAUUGUGAGCAAAACCGGAGGGUCAGGAAUAGGAGAAUUGAAGAAUUGUUCCAAUCUCCAAGGAGUGCUUUCUAUUUUUGGGUUGCAUGAGAUAAUGAGUGUUAAAGAUGCAAGAGAUGCAAAUUUAAAAGAUAAACAAAAAAUUGAAGAGCUAAUAAUGAAUUGGACUAAUGAUUGUUGGGAUUCACGAAAUGAUGUGGAUGAAUUGCAUGUCUUGGAGUCCUUACAACCUUAUAAAAAUUUGGAAAAGCUCACAAUUGCAUUCUAUGGUGGAUCAAAAUUUCCAAGUUGGAUUGGGGAUGUUUCCUUCUCAAAAAUGGUGGAACUAACUCUCAAAAAUUGCAAAAAAUGCAUGUCAGUACCAUCUCUAGGUGGACUAUCGUUGCUUGAAGUUUUGUGUAUUCAAGGUAUGGGCAAGGUUAAAAGCAUUGGGGCUGAGUUUUAUGGAGAGUGUAUGAAUCCUUUUGCAUCUUUGAAGGAAUUGAGGUUUGAGGAUAUGCCAAAAUGGGAAAGUUGGUCUCAUUCUAAUUCGAUUAAGGAAGAUGUAGGAGCAUUUCCUUGCCUUAAAAGGUUUGUAAUAAAAAAAUGUCCAAAGCUGAUUGGGGAAUUACCGAAAUGUCUGCGCUCCCUGGUGAAGCUUGACGUAUCAGAAUGUCCAGAAUUGGUGUGUGGACUUCCGAAACUUGCAUCUCUCCAUGAAUUAAAUUUACAAGAAUGUGAUGAGGCAAUGUUGAGAGGUGAUGAGGUUGAUCUUAGGUCCCUCGCUACUCUAGAGCUCAAAAAGAUAUCAAGAUUGAAUUGUCUAAGGAUUGGAUUAACAGGAUCCUUGGUAGCCUUGGAAAGAUUGGUGAUAGGGGAUUGUGGUGGCCUGACAUGUUUGUGGGAGGAGCAAGGGCUGGCUUGCAAUCUUAAAAGUUUGGUGGUACAACAGUGUGCUAAACUGGAGAAGCUACCAAAUGAAUUGCAAAGUCUCAUGUCUCUGGAGAAUCUGGAAAUAAUUGGAUGCCCCAAACUGGAGUCAUUUCCAGAAAUGAGUUUGCCUCCAAAGCUAAGAUUCCUUGAGGUGUACAAUUGUGAAGGUCUAAACCUCAUAACUACAACUCAUGUGCCCUUGAACACUUGA